GAGCUGAUGGUUGUGUUGUUGUGGAUGGCUGUGUUGUUGUGUUGAGCUCGUGGUUGUGUUGAGCUGGUGGUGGUGUUGUUGUUGAUGGUUGUGUUGUUGUGUUGAGCUGGUGGUUGUGUUGUUGUGUUGAGCUGGCGGUUGUGUUGAGCUGGUGGUUGUGUUGUUGAUGGUUGUGUUGUUGUGUUGAGCUGAUGGUUGUGUUGUUGUGUUGAGCUCGUGGUUGUGUUGAGCUGGUGGUGGUGUUGUUGUUGAUGGUUGUGUUGUUGUGUUGAGCUGGUGGUUGUGUUGUGUUGAGCUGGUGGUUGUGUUGUGUUGAGCUGGUGGUUGUGUUGUUGAUGUUUGUGUUGUUGUGUUGAGCUGGUGGUUGUGUUGUGUUGAGCUCGUGGUUGUGUUGAGCUGGUGGUUGUGUUGUUGAUGGUUGUGUUGUUGUGUUGAGCUGAUGGUUGUGUUGUUGUGUUGAGCUCGUGGUUGUGUUGAGCUGGUGGUGGUGUUGUUGUUGAUGGUUGUGUUGUUGUGUUGAGCUGGUGGUUGUGUUGUGUUGAGCUGGUGGUUGUGUUGAGCUGGUGGUUGUGUUGUUGAUGGUUGUGUUGUUGUGUUGAGCUGGUGGUUGUGUUGAGCUGGUGGUUGUGUUGUUGUUGAUGGCUGUGUUGUUGUGUUGAGCUGGUGGUUGUGUUCAGCUGGUGGUUGUGUUGUUGUUGAUGGUUGUGUUGUUGUGUUGAGCUGGUGGUUGUGUUGUUGUUGAUGGUUGUGUUGAGCUGGUGGUUGUGUUGUUGUUGAUGGUUGUGUUGAGCUGGUGGUUGUGUUGUUGUUGAUGGUUGUGUUGAGCUGGUGGUUGUGUUGUUGUUGAUGGUUGUGUUGUUGUGUUGAGCUGGUGGUUGUGUUGAGCUGGUGGUUGUGUUGUUGUUGAUGGUUGUGUUGUUGUUGAGCUGGUGGUUGUGUUGAGCAGAUGGUUGUUGUGGUACUUUUGCUGCAAUUCUGUUGAAUAGUUUAAGGCUGUUGUUUAGUUGGGUUUAUCAUCAUCGUCGUCAAUGAUGGUCAAUCCACUGCUGGAUGAAAACCUCCCCAAGUUGCCACCAUCUCUCACGAUCCUGGGAUCUGUUCACGGGACCUCGUCGGAACCCACCUCUCUUGAGCAAUGGCGAGCGGAGGAGGAGCGCCAGCACCACUGCAGUUCUGUCCGUUCAGCAGUGCUCUCGACUCGGGCUUUUGGCACACGCUGAGCCAAAAGAAGGUGAACGAGUACAAGCUAGAUGAAGCGGCCAAGGAACUCAAGGGCUUCUUCUACAAUGGAGACCCUCCUGGCCUUCCUGCUCGCAUGAUGCUGGAGUUCAACUCUUUUGACCCGCAAGCCCCCACGCCUGCCCGCAAUUGCCCCAUUGCAGGCUUUCUCCACAACACCAACACGCUGGAGACCUUUAAGAAGUGCGACAAGAAAGCGCUUUUGGAUCAAGCCGCGCAGAAGAUCUGGGAGGCCGUGACGUCUGGAGCAGCACUGCAGGACCCCACCCUCCUCAACCAGUUUGUUCUGCUCACGUUCGCCGACCUGAAGAAGUACCAUUUCUACUACUGGUUCGCGUUCCCGGCUUUGUGCUUCCCUGAUGGUAUCGCUCUUCUGAAGCCUUCGCUCCCCCUCGGCGAGAGAUGCUCUACUGCCCAGGUCCAGGCUCUGCUGACCUCCUACGAUGGACUUUGCGCCAAAGAAAGUGUGACUGCUCUGCCAUGCUUUCUCGUGGGCUUCUCUGGGGAUGACGUCUGCGUUGCCCCAUUACGCGACUGGGACACCUUCUGGCCGCAGCAGAACAAGGCAAUGGUGGCUGUGUACGAUCCGUGCACGCUCCAGCAGCACCCUGGAUGGCCACUCAGGAAUCUCCUCAUUCUUCUGGCACACAACUGGGGGCCCUCUCUGGAGUCUCUGGAAGUGCUGUGCUUUCGGGACCGAAUAACCCAAGGUGUCCGAGACAUCACUCACAGCAUCGUCCUCACCAUUAAGAUGACUUCAAUUGCAGAUAUUCCAGGUGGUCCAAAGUGUGUUGGCUGGGAGAAAAACCAGAAGGGAGUUCUUGCCCCGAGGAUGGUGAACUUGAGCGACUCCAUGGACCCAAAGAGGCUGGCAGAGUCGUCGGUUGACCUGAACCUCAAACUGAUGCGGUGGCGGCUGGUCCCCUCGUUGGACCUGGAGGCCGUGUCCACUGCCCGCUGCCUGCUGCUGGGAGCGGGAACCCUGGGCUGCAACGUGGCCAGGACCCUGCUGGGCUGGGGCGUGCGUCACAUCACCUUCGUGGACAACGCCCGGGUGUCGUACUCCAACCCCGUGCGGCAGACGCUCUACGAGUUUGAGGACUGCCUCGGCGGCGGGAGGCCCAAGGCGCAGGCUGCGGCCGAGCGACUGCGCCGAAUCUUCCCAGGCGUCGUGUCGGAGGGUCUCUCACUGAGCAUCCCCAUGCCUGGCCACGCGGUGGGCUCGUCGCCGGAGGCUGAGGAGCAGGCGCGCAGGGACACGGCGGUGCUGGAGAGGCUCGUGAGCGAGCACGACAUCGUCUUCCUGCUCAUGGACACGCGGGAGAGUCGCUGGCUGCCGACUGUGCUGGCCGCGAGCAAGCACAAGCUGGUGAUCAACGCUGCCCUUGGCUUCGACACGUUCGUGGUGAUGAGGCACGGCCUGAAGGCAGCUAGGGAGGACCCGGGAGACGCACUCGGUAGUCUCGGCGCUGCCGCCGCCGCCACCACCACCACCUCCUCGCUCUUCUCGGACAUCCCCGGCCACCGGCUCGGCUGCUACUUCUGUAACGACGUGGUGGCACCUGGAGACUCGACGAGAGACCGCACCCUGGACCAGCAGUGCACAGUGAGCCGCCCGGGCCUGGCCAUGAUGGCCGGAGCUCUCGCUGUGGAGCUCAUGGUCUCCGUGCUGCAGCAUCCAGAGCGGGGCUACGCCUCGGCCAGUGUGGGAGAUGACCGCAUGAACGAGCCCCCGACGCCGCUGGGUUUGAUCCCACACCAGAUUCGUGGUUUUCUGUCCAGAUUUGACCACGUGCUCCCUGCCAGCCUGGCCUUUGAUAAAUGCACUGCCUGUUCAGCUACAGUGUUGGAGCACUACGAGCGGGAGGGGUUUGCGUUCCUCCGCCAGGUCUUCGACUCGUCGCACUCCUUCCUUGAGGACCUCACCGGCCUCACGCAGCUGCACCAGGAGACGCAAGCGGCCGAGAUCUGGGACAUCAGCGACGAUGAGAGCAUCUAGGAGGGCAGCGCUGCAAAGGCUCCGGCUUUACACCACGAAAACAUUGGUUAGGCAAGCAUUGGUGUAUGAGGGUCCGGCCUGGCGAUGGUCACUGCUGGUUGAAGAGCCAACAGGAGUGGUUCUCAUUGCUUGUGUGUGGGUGAACUGCACAUGCAUGCCUGCACACGUUCGUCUGUGUUUUGACUAUAAAACGUUGGGUUUGUUUUCUUUUUCAUAUUCCUGGAAGCAGAAUGUACAUGUAUAUUUUAACACGUUAACAUAAGGGUUUUGGUUCAUUGUACACGUACAGUACGUGGCUUUCUUGGAGAUUGCUGCCCCCUAUUUUCUUAACGGCGCCAUUUGCAGCCACGGUGUUAUCGUUGGUUAAGAAAACAGUAAUGUAGGAAGGUUAUGUUAUGGCCUAUGAGUGAGUGGGGGGGGGGGGGGAUGUAAAUUUUUUUUUUACUGACCAAACAAAUCUGCACUGCCUUCUUUCCAAACAAAACAAUAACUGGAGCAAAAGCCACCUAUUCCAACAAGCGUCGAUCCCGAAACCAGCGGCCAAGCGUGUAGGCAACCCCAGACGCAAUUCGUUGGGUUCAGCACAUGCACUGUAUGUAAUGGGAAGCUGGCGUGGUGUAAUGGACAAAAGGUCACCGGUUCGAUUCCAUCUCCCGGGCACGGCAGUUGAAACAGUGGCGCGAGUUUUCUUUAAUUCCCCCCCUCCCGCCUCUGUCCACCCAGCAGCAAUUCGUCGAUGGGCAGCUCGCACGUGCUGGGGUAAAGUGUGGGUACUCCGAGCUCUUCCAAGGCAUGUGGCCAUAUCUGAACGUAUAACAUUAAUGGUAAUAAUACCAUUAAUGUUAUACAGAAGGGGAACACAACAUCUCAAAGAGUGCAGUGUGGGGUUUUUUGCCUUGGUGAACCCCCCGAAUGGCAGUUUGUCCCUCACCUCAAGAGGGCCUGUUUGAAGCUUUGUCGCGUGGAGGGUCUUUUGCAAACAGUGGCGUGAGCAAGCAAUUGCAGGGCUGCACCAUUAUCCUUUAUGAGUCUGUGCAAUUGCCGAUGUUUAAAUGUGGAUUUGGGUCUGCUUUACCAAGUCACGGAAUUGUGCGAGGCGACUGCCGAGGCAAUGCGUCUGUCUGGAACAAGUUCCGUCGCCUCUCCGGUUUCAAGGGAAGCGUUUUAAGACUCGUUAUAUAUUUGUUGGAAAUAUCAACGGUUACGAUGCUGGUGGCGGCCUUUGUUUACCGCCAGAGAUAUUUCUUUUCAAAGGCAUUGCGGGGAAGCAAGACUGCCCGUCUCUCGCACGCUCUCUCUCAUCCUCCCACAUUUAUUAAUGUUGCACCACGAGGUGGCCGUUUGUUUUCCUCCACUGUUUAGGUGUGCGGGGUUCACAGGACUGACCUUUAAAAAAAUAUAUACAUUGCGGAAGGUAGCCAACGGCCAGUUUAUAGUAUUACGAAAAGCAGAACCCACGCAGAAACAUAUGAAAAAUAAACCCAAGUUGCAUUGGCUUUUUCUACCAUGAAAUAUUGAUGGAACGAAUGGUUGCCACUGCCAAUAUUUAUAUGCGCGGGCAAUGACGAAACCUGGAACAAGCCCUCUCUGGGAUUGCCUUUGAGGUGUUUUUAUUGCUUGUAAUAAUUUUCCUUGCCUAUAAGAAAUAUACAAUAUUCCUGCGUUAAUUGCGAGGGAUUUGUUCCGGAGAUGGUCGUGAAUAGCAAAUUUAAUGGAUGAUGAUUUUGGCGCGUCUGCAGAUGCUUUUAAAGCUUAGAUAAGUUCUCUAUCUCUCUCAUCCCUGUAUCUCAUUACUUUCUCGCAUCACGUUCUCGCUCAUCGCUUUCUCUCAAUGCAGUCGUGCAGCAUUACAGAUGCGAUUUGCGGAUAGCCAAAAUCGCGGAUAGCAGUUUCAUGAAUAAUGAGCGAAUGCUGUAUACCAUUGUAGUGAUUACAAAAAAAACACUCCCUUGUCCUACAAGAGCAUUGUUGCUGACAAGUAGUGGCCAGAGAUGAGCCUUGCUACACCGUGUUAUCGUUUCAUGUCUCACCAAACGCUGUUUUAGGUACACAAUUUAUAAUUUUCAUAUUCAUUGACACCCUAAUUGGUACGUAUGAGGUGAAAUGAAAGAUAUGGAAUGAUGCGGUUUUGCUGCUCUUGAAGGUCUGAUAUUGAAAUGUGUUAAUGUGGUCAUUAAAAUGUAUGGCAUGAA